UUCGAAUAGCAAUUGACACAAGUAGGCACUCGAACAACAGCCGAGCCCGCUUUACAAGCCUCUUGUCUCGAUCGCACGUAACGUUUGUACGCCCAUUUCCGCCCUGGGACGACUACCCCGACACUCGUGUCAACGAAGAAGGAAGAAUGGGGAAGUGGAACUACUACGGAGUAAAGGUCGGGCGUAAACCGGGCAUCUAUACGGAUUGGCCGAACACAGAGGCGCAAGUCAAGGGCUACAAUGGUGGACUACAACAGGGCUUCAAAACCCUAAAAGACGCCGAGGACUACGUCUACGGCCCCAAUGGACGUUCUAGUGCACCCAUAAGCCUACGAGGAGAUCUUUCUGCAUCUCGAUCUCCGUCUGCGACAGGCAAUCUGGAUAGGAGUGCAGAGAUAUCAGAGAGUGCGCCCAAGCGACAAAAGAAGGAGAACGCAUCACCGGCAUUGAUUCCAGAUCAUCAUGAAGUCAAGAUCGAGCCUGGGUACGGCCCCCUGCCGCCAGGCGCAGUAGACGGUUUUGAUCCGAAUAUUAAGCUCGAUGAGCUAACAGGCAGGAUCAGAGAGAAGACGGAGGAAGAACUUGGCAAGAGGAAGAGACAGCCGACUGGAGACUCCAAAAGGCCCGUCGUAGUGUACACUGACGGUGGUUCACGGGGUAAUGGCAAUGUCGGCGCGAGAGCUGGUUGUGGUGUCUACUUCGGCCCACAAGAUUCCAGAAACGUUCAAGAGCCUCUAAGGGGUGAGCCCCAGACCAACAAUCGAGCCGAACUAGUCGCAAUAUCUCGCGCGAUCGACCACGUUCCCAUCGACCGCGACAUGGAAAUCAUCAGCGACUCCCGAUAUUCUCGUGACUGCCUUACGCAAUGGGUCCCAGGUUGGGAGAGAAAGGGCUGGAAGAAUGCUCAUGGCAAAGAUGUCAUGAACAAGGAAAUCAUACAACCCAUCCUGGCGAGGAUACGAGAACGAGAAAAGGCUGGCGCCAAGACCAAAAUCACCUGGGUUAAGGCGCACGACGUCGAUCCAGGCAACAUUCAAGCCGAUAAUUUUGCAAAUCAGGCCAUGGACAAGUGGACUGUCGAGCUUGCAUCGGGGUCCACGUUCGACAUGUCAGAAACUUUGCGGACAAAGUACAGGAACCCCAACGAUCCAGCAUCACCGAAGCAGGAGCAUGACGAUGUGGAGGACAUAGAGGAGAUUUUCCGCGGGCUUGCAGACGAAAGCGCAAAUGGGUACGAUAAUUAUCUUAUACCCCAGGAUGUGGACCAGCCGGAUGUUGACGUCGAACAAGCCGCUGCAGCUUCAGCACAGGACAUCGACGACGUAUUUGCCGACCAUCCAGCAUUUGCAUCGAAGACGAAUGGAGACGAAAAGAAGGAGACAGAGCCAGAAGCGGCAUACUAGAUACCCGCCAGCCGCUGAACAAGCGGUAUGCGGUUGGACUGGAACCAAAUCGGCCAACCAUGGUACAAGUACGAGAAAUGAAUUCACUUAACAACAAGAUUUCUUCAACAUCUUUCAAACUUUUGCCGCUUCCCACCACUUCCACACAUACAAUCUUCAUAUCAUCCUACCUCGCACCAUCUACCAUCUACCUACUACCACACCAGACCACGACGCAAUGUCUCACGAACCCAGUCCCAUCGUUUCAACACCGCCCUCGCGCCUUUCCACACUUAC